AUGGAUCUCGCGACGGUGCCCGAGUCAUUCUAUCGCGACCCGUCGGCAUACCACGGUCCUCCUCUCCCCCCUUCACCCCCACGUAGCCCAGAAGAAGACCUCCACCGCACCAGCCGCAGGCCGCGACGCAAUACCCACUCGCCGCAGCACGCAUCGGGCUACGGCCUCCUUGCAUGGCGGCUCAGUGCAUCCGCCGACAGCGGGGAGCCCCGCCUACCACCCUUAUACCGCCGCUUCGAAGACCUGAACCACCGCGUGCUGCUCCACCUACAGGAUGAGAUCGCGCAGAUGGAAGAGGAGCUGCGCGUGCUGGACGAGUGCGAUGAAAUGCACCGGGCCUCCGCCGCCGAGAAAGACGGCUCCAAGAUGCUCCCUGCAUCGCGCCGCAUGGACGUGCAGGCAGGUGUCUACUCAUCUCUCCACUACCAACGAGAGGAAUUAAUGAGCGCCUUGAUCCGUAAAACUGAGCAAUACAACAACGCUCUCAGCGCCUACAGCCGCGUCCUUCAGACCCUCCCACUAGCCUCCGACCAAGACGUCGACUCUUACCGCACCUGGAUGCACGGGAACAGCCCCAUCGCAGCCCUCGAGUCGCGCUUCCUCGACCACCCCAAAGACCUCGUGUCGCUGACUCCGCCCGUAACGCCUACCGCGUCGGCCCCCACGCCCUCAGUCUACUCCGCCAUCAUCAUCGCCUCAGCAGCCAUCUUGCUCCCGCUCCUGGCGUUCAGCAUGAUCCGUGAUUUUUGGGGCCGCGUCCUCCUCGUCGCGCUGGUGGGCGGUGCCUCGGCGGGCAUCGCCUCGACUACCUCGGCGGGGUCGGAGCAGUUGGUUGCUUCGCAGGAUGGGUGGCGGUGUGCUGGACUGUGA